AAAACUACUAAAUAACGAGUGGUUAUUUUCAUCGUUAACAAAAGACCAGUAUCUAGUAGACUUUUGACAGUGUGACAGAUGUAAAUACAAAAAUUGUCAAAAAUAAAAAUAAAUGGUGAUGUGGCCUAAACCAAAGUUGAAUAAAGUAUGAUAAAAUGUGUAGUAUUAAGUUAAUAUAUUUUAUUUGUUUGUUAAAUAUUUAUUUUGCGACUUGUCUAAUAUCAGACAAGAGAUUAUGCGCAAACGAGGACUGCUCAGAGCCACUUUCUCUCGCCACAACCCUCUUGAGAUACACCAGCCCGGAGCCGCCGCUCAUUCUAUCAUUCGCCCCGAAAGAAGCGGUCAAGGUUUACAGCAAAGAAGCGGGCUCGAGACCCGACCUAUGGGGAGUCGAAAUCAAAAAUAAAAGAGGAUACGUUCCGAAGAAUUUAAUAAGGGAAGAGAAGAUUUUCAAAAAGCCUACAAUUGUUGUAGAUACAGAACUCGCCCGGACGAAUCAAGUGCCUCCUGAAACCAAAGUUGAUAAUGUCGAGCCAGAUAAGGUGAAAGAAUCUUUCGAAGUUGUCGAUGGAACAACGUUGUAUUUAGAUCCUAGUUCUAUUGUACCUAGUAGCACUGAAAGUCCUGUAUUAUCAACAAGGAAUCCUGUUGAUAAUCAUGAAUUUCAGGAUUCUGUUGAAACUGAAGCUGCAAGAGAAACGAACGAUAGUCAAGAAGUUCCUUCGGCGCAAUUAAAUAAACACGAAUCGAGUGCUGAUGAAUCAGUUGUGGAAGGUGUAUUUUCAUCAAUAAAAAGCUGGAUAAGCGAUGACGAGGAUGAAGAAGCUGAUGAUACUAAUGAAGAAAACGUUGAGGAACUUAAAGUUAUUGAUAAUGAUAAAAAUAGCGAAGAAUCAAUAUCGAGGGAAAGUAGUAAUGAUGGAAAGGUAGAGAGUAUCGAUAAAGUUGAGGAAAUUAAUAAGAGUAGUGAAAAAAUAAAUGAUGAAUCUACAAAUAAGGAGAAGUUAGAAGAAACUGUAAAUUCGCUUAAAACUGAAGAAAAUAGUGCAGAAAGUAAUUUAGAAACACCAAAACAUGAACCCGUCGAGGACCAAUCAUCAAAAAAUGACAAUGAGCAAACGAAACAAGAAAAAUUGGAUCAAUCGGAUUCAACUAAAAAUUCAGCUAAAAUCGAAAUGACCAAACCUAUUGAAGACAUUGAUUCUAAAAAUCAAACUGAAGAAUCUACAGAAACGGUUGAUGCAGUUUCAAUUGAAGACAAACAAGAAACUUUAAUGCCUGAAAAUACUCCAGAUGUCACUUCUCCUACACCUAUCGAUCUCGAAGAAGCUAUACCAGUUAUUUCUACAGAAGAUGUAACACAAAACCCCAAUGAUAUUCAACAAGAAACAAAUAGUAUCUCUCCUACGCUGGAACUGUUUCAAACAAAACCAGAUGUUAACACGAACGAAUUAAGAAGUAGUGAAAGUACAGACAAUCUAGAAGUUGCUAAGGAAAUCAUUAACGAUAAACAGAAUCUACAAGAAACACUUAAAGAAGAUAAAACUGAAGAAGCACCAAAAGAGGAAGAAAAAGUUAAUGAAACACCUAAUGAUGAUAGUUUUAACCAAACACCUAAAGGAGAAGAACACGUUGAAGAAACACCUAAAGAUGAUAAAAUCGAAGCACCUAAGAUAGAAGAAAAAAUGAACGAAUCGCCAAAAGAAGAAAACUUAAAAGCUUCCUUAAAAACUGAAAAUAUGAAUGAGAAUUUAAUUAAAGAAGAUCUGUCGGAUAAUGUUACUCAAGAAAUGAUUACAGAAAACGUUAAAGUAAUUGAUAAAUCUCCAUUAGAAGAUAUUUUAGGGGUUUUAGAGCAAAACGAUGUCCCGAUUAGUGAAGUUUUUAAAUCUAAAACGGAGGAAAGCGGCGAAUUAAUUGAAGAGACAAUAUUAAAAGAAGAAGGCGGAAUAUUCUCUAUAAUAACAUCAAUAUUCAGUAGAUCGGAAUCCGAGGUUAAACCGGAACCUGACCUGCCCCCUUCUACUCCGAUUAGCAAUGAAAACGAGAUACUAAACGAACUGAUGGGACAAUCCCAAAGCAUUGAUGAAAACGAAAACACGAAUGAAGCAAAAGCCAAUUGUGAUACUAGUUCUAUCGAUAAACUAAUCUUCCUUCUAACACCAGACGCUCUUCUCUAUUUAAGCACCACAGCGAUCGCUUGCAUAAUAUUUAUCAUAGUAUAUAAUCUAAUAGAUAGAAAUAGCCGAGAGGCUCCUCUAAUACAAAGAAUCAACAAACUAGAAAGGGAACUGAUGAUAACCCUCAAAGAAAAGGACGCCUUACAAGAAGAAUCGGAAAGUUCAGUUUCCCACGAAACCGCAUCGUCCGAUAGUUUCAAACGGAAACUACAAGAAUCCGAACUAUACAAACAAACAUUAGAAAUGCAAAUCGAAGAACUUCAAAGGGAAGUCGAAGAGAAACGGGCGCUAGAAGAACAAAUCGAAGUGUUGGAAAAAGAACUGGAAACCUCCACCGAAGUCGGUUUGGAGCUGAACAGAAUCAUCUCCGAAAUGCUCGAUCCGACCGAUGGAAGCGACAAAUUAAAGGAGAACGUCGAGCAACUGCAAAGGCAACUGUUGGAGCAGAAGGGCAUCAUCAGCGACAUCAACAAGGCGUUGAGCGAUAAAGAAAUCGAAAACGGCGAUUUGCUGAACGAGCUGAACGACAGCAGGAGAAAGACCAAGGAAUUGCAGGGCAAACUGGACGAAAUCGUCGAUCAGAUAUUGAAGAUCGAAAAAGAGAGAGACCAGCAAAUCAGGAGCCUGCAGGAGGAGAUGGCGGUGUCUCAACGGGAAUUUAGAGAUGAAUCGUUGAAGACCGAGAUGCUUACUAACGAAAUUCAGGUGUUGAAAUCGCAGCUGUCCGAUGCUCAAAGAAAGUCCGAGCUCAAAAUCAAAGAAUACCAAAACCUCAAAGACAGUUUGAGCAGUAUUAAAUCGCUCGACGGGGACAAGAAGGCGCUCCAAUCGUUGCUCGACGGCUCUUCCAUCAAGGCGGAACUGGAACAGCUCAAAAUCGAAAACGAACGCUACGCGGUGAACCUGAACGACGAACGGGCUGCGAAAAUGGCCUUCGAAAAGAAAUGCCAGUCUUUGUCGGACGAAAACGAAGCUUUGGUGAAGAAAUAUCAAUCGUCCGAUAAGGAAAAAGUCGAAGCCGUUAUGAAACUCGAAGUGUUGAAUAAUUAUUUCAAGAAAAGAGAAGAAGAGUUGCAAAGCGAAUUGAUGAAAUACAAAUCGAUUUGGGACGAUAAAGAAGGCGAGGCCGCAUCGACCACCGAACGAAUCAAAUUGUUGACUGAAGAAAUCGAAAAUUACAAAUCGCAAAACGAAUCGCUCAAACAGGAGAUCGUCUCGCAAGAGAUCGACUUGAAGAGCCAAAUUUCCAUGUUGGAGAAGAAGGUGCACGAAAAUUGGGUGGCUUCGAGGCAAUUGGAAAGGAAAUUCGAGGAUUCUAGACAAGAAGCCGCCCAAUUGAGGAACCGAUUGACCAGAGAAAGGGCCUUCAUCGAAGAUAGAUCACAAAACAGAAUGCAAUCGCCAUUGGACCACAACGGUGAACUCGCCCUGUCGCCGCCGCCGCCGCCCCCGAUCGAUUCGGCGACAUCGCCGCCAAUGAUGUUCGCCGGUAGGGAUCACAUGACGAAAUCGCCGCCGUUGACCGGUCUACCGCCGUUCCUUCCGCCGCCGCCGGGGGCUCCGUUUAUGCCGCCACCGUUGCCGUUUAUGCCGCCGCCGCCUGCGAUGUUUCCCGGCGACCAUCGGCCGCCUCCUUUGGGUAGGAUGUCUUCGCCGCCGCCGCCGAUUAAUUCUAGGUAUUCACCUGAUACUUCAGCGUUCUCUCCUUAUGAUAGAAAUACUCCUAGUCCUCCGUAUGAUUCUGAAUAUGGAGCAUCGCCUCCUCCUAUGAGGGGUUACAGCCCUUAUAGCAGGGACGACGGGAGAGAUUACAAAAGACCUUCACAUUUAUCUAACGGUAGGAAUAAUAAAGGUUCACUUAUGAGUUCGGGAUCAGAUCACUCCAACGAUUCGAUGGGAAAAAGAAAUAGAAAAAUGGUGUAGCAUUUGGGAUGUUGUUUUCGUUUACCUAUGAAGCUUAAGUAAUGUUCUGUCUACAUUAUAUUUUUUUAUUAUUUUACUUGUUCUGGUGGUUUACUGUAUUUAUUUUUAUAAGAUUAUAAGUUACAAAAAAUGACUCGAGUGAUCUAAAUUUUUUUUGAGUUGGGUUUUAAAGUUCAUUGUUUAUGAAACAGUGUAUCCUUUAUGUGACUGUGAUAAGUUAAAGUUAAAUCAUCGCUAAUCAACAUAUAAAAUUUCCAUCAAAUUGGUUGAACUCGGCGCUUUUUGCAUUCUACAAUCUACAGGGUGUCUCAUAAGUUGAUGCUUUUUUUUGGCUGCAUUAUAGAGCUUUUAAUUCUAAGCAACUUUUUUAAGUACUUUUUUUUAAUAUUCUGGAAAAUAAAAAAGAU